UUGAGCACAUGGUGGCAGCAACAGACUACUAGUGAGGCGCUGUGGCUCGCCGUCAGCCCAGAAGAAGACGUGAUCAAUCUGUGCAUGCUUGUCUGAAUCUGGAAGUGUCUGCGCAUUGCAUGAGCUGCUGGUUGAGGAUGCUGAGGUUUGCAGCGGUGCGAAGCGGCCUGGGCAUGCUCACCGUCAGGAGGGCGCUUCUCCUCUCCCGAUCCGCCCACUCUGCCCCGCAGGCCGAGUACCGACCCAUCAAGAAAGUCAUGGUGGCCAACAGAGGUGAAAUUGCCAUCAGAGUGUUCAGAGCCUGCACUGAACUGGGGAUUCGCACCGUGGCUGUUUACUCUGAGCAAGACACCGGACAGAUGCACAGGCAGAAGGCAGAUGAGGCUUACCUGAUUGGAAAGGGCCUGCCUCCAGUGGCGGCGUACCUGCACAUUCCAGACAUCAUCAAAGUGGCCAAGGACAACGGCGUGGAUGCCAUCCAUCCUGGGUACGGCUUCCUGUCUGAGCGCGCGGACUUCGCCCAGGCCUGCACAGACGCUGGAGUCCGGUUUGUUGGGCCGAGUCCAGACACGGUCCGCAAGAUGGGAGACAAAGUGGAGGCGCGCUCGCUGGCCGUCGGAGCAGGUGUUCCUGUGGUCCCGGGAACCGACUCUCCCAUCUCCUGCCUGCAGGAGGCGCAGGCGUUCGCCCAGACCUACGGCUUCCCCAUCAUCUUCAAAGCGGCGUACGGAGGAGGAGGCCGAGGCAUGAGGGUGGUCCGUGAGUACGAGGAGCUGGAGGAGAACUACCAGCGGGCGUACUCUGAGGCCCUGGCGGCUUUUGGGAACGGAGCGCUGUUUAUCGAGAAGUUUAUUGAAAGGCCGAGACACAUCGAAGUCCAGAUCCUCGGUGAUAAAUAUGGUAAUGUCAUCCAUCUGUACGAGAGGGACUGCUCCAUUCAGCGGCGACACCAGAAGGUUGUGGAGAUUGCACCUGGCUUCCAGCUGGACCCACACCUGAGAGACAGACUUCAUGCUGACGCCGUCAACCUGGCCAAACAGGUAUGGUUCUGUAUUUGUAGGUGUGCUGGAGGGACUUUAAGAGCGGUCAUCUUCACAUUGUGCUCAUCGAUCUUUACUCAGCUGGUUACCUCUCGUCUGUUCCUCAGCGUGGACCUGGUGCAUGCCCAGCUGCAUGUGUGCGAAGGCCGCAGCCUGCCAGAACUGGGCCUGAAACAAGACAAGAUCAGGGUGAACGGCUGCGCCAUCCAGUGCAGAGUGACGACUGAAGACCCUGCCAGGGGCUUCCAGCCAGACACGGGGAGGAUCGAGGUAUUCAGGAGCGGCGAAGGCAUGGGGAUCCGUCUGGACAGCGCGUCGGCCUUCCAGGGCGCCAUCAUCUCGCCUCACUACGACUCGCUGCUGGUGAAAGUGAUCGCCAGCGGGAAGGACCUGAACAAGGCCGCCUCCAAGAUGAGCCGAGCUCUGGCCGAGUUCAGAGUGCGAGGGGUCAAGACCAACAUCCCGUUCCUCCAGAAUGUCCUGUCCAACAGCCAGUUCCUGCACUCCACCGUGGACACACAGUUCAUUGACGAGAAUCCAGAACUGUUCAACCUCAAACCCACGCAGAACCGAGCGCAGAAGCUGCUGCACUACCUCGGUCAUGUGAUGGUUAAUGGACCAACCACACCUAUUCCAGUAAAGGUGAAGCCCUCCUCCAUCGACCCGGUCGUCCCGCCUGUCACCAUGGGCGACCCACCUGUGGGUUUCCGCGACGUCCUGCUGCGCGACGGCCCCGAGGGAUUCGCCAAGGCGGUGCGAGCUCACCAGGGUCUGCUGCUAAUGGACACCACAUUCAGGGACGCCCACCAGUCGCUUCUGGCGACGAGGGUUCGCACUCACGACCUCAAGACGAUCUCCCCGUUCGUCAGCCACAACUUUAGCAACCUGUUCAGCCUGGAGAACUGGGGAGGAGCAACCUUUGACGUGGCCAUGCGAUUUUUGUCCGAAUGUCCGUGGAAGAGGCUCCAGGAGCUGAGAGCUUUGAUCCCAAACGUCCCGUUCCAGAUGCUGCUGAGGGGCGCCAACGCUGUGGGCUACACCAACUACCCUGACAACGCCGUCUAUAAGUUCUGCGAGGUCGCCAAGGAGAACGGCAUGGACAUCUUCCGCGUCUUCGACUCCCUUAACUACCUGCCCAACAUGCUGCUGGGUAUGGAGGCAGCCGGGGCAGCCGGCGGCGUGGUGGAGGCCGCCAUCUCCUACACGGGCGACGUCUCCGACCCGAUGAGGCAGAAAUAUUCCCUGGACUACUACGUGAACCUGGCUGACGAGCUGGUCAAAGCCGGGACUCACAUCCUCUCCGUCAAGGAUAUGGCCGGCCUGCUGAAGCCGGAGGCCAGCAAGCUUCUGAUCGGCGCUUUGAGGGAUCGCUUCCCAGAUGUUCCCAUUCAUGUGCACACACACGACACAGCUGGAGCCGGAGUGGCGGCCAUGUUGGCCUGUGCAGAAGCAGGAGCUGAUGUGGUCGACGUGGCGGUUGACUCCAUGGCUGGGAUGACGUCGCAGCCGAGCAUGGGGGCCAUCGUCGCCUGCACCAAAGGGACUAAAUACGACACUGGCAUCGCUCUGGAGAAGGUGUUCGACUACAGCGAGUACUGGGAGGUCACCAGAGGCCUGUACGCUCCCUUCGACUGCACCGCCACCAUGAAGUCGGGCAACGCCGACGUCUACGAGAACGAGAUACCUGGAGGACAGUACACCAACCUGCACUUCCAGGCUCAUAGUAUGGGGCUCGGAAAUAAGUUCAAGGAGGUGAAGAAGGCUUACGCUGAAGCAAACAAACUACUCGGAGACCUCAUUAAGGUGACUCCGUCCUCCAAGAUCGUUGGAGAUCUGGCUCAGUUCAUGGUGCAGAACAACCUGACCAGGGCGGAGGUGGAGGAGAGGGCGGAUGAGCUGUCCUUCCCCCAGUCCGUGGUCGAGUUCCUGCAGGGACACGUCGGAAUACCGCACGGUGGAUUCCCCGAGCCCUUCAGAUCCAAGGUGCUGAAGUCCCUUCCACGUAUCGAAGGUCGUCCCGGCGCCUCUCUGCCACCGAUGGACUUCAAGACCCUGGAGGACGGACUCCGAGCCACGCAUGGGGAUGACAUCACACCGGAGGAUGUGAUGUCAGCAGCCAUGUACCCCAAGGUGUUCCAGGAGUUCAAGGAGUUCACUUCUAACUUUGGCCCAGUUGACUGCCUCAGCACCAGGCUGUUCCUGGAUGGACCCAAGAUUGCUGAGGAGUUUGAGGUGGAGCUGGAGAGAGGGAAGACCCUCCACAUCAAGGCUCUGGCGCUGGGCGACCUGACCAAGGGCGGGCAGAGGGAGGUGUUCUUCGAGCUGAACGGGCAGCUGCGGUCGGUGCUGGUUAAAGACACCGUGGCCAUGAAGGAAAUGAAGUUCCAUCCCAAGGCCCAGAAAUCCAUCAAAGGUCAGGUGGGAGCGCCGAUGCCUGGAAAAGUGCUGGAGGUUAAAGUUAAAGUCGGAUCCAAGGUGGAGAAGGGUCAGCCGCUGUGCGUCCUGUCGGCCAUGAAGAUGGAGACGGUGGUCAACUCCCCCGUGAGCGGGACGGUCAAGGCGGUCCACGUGGAGCCGGAGGCGUCCCUGGAGGGAGACGACCUGAUCCUGGAGAUCGAGGAGUAGAGUGAGGAAGAGGGGGAAGAGGAAGGGGAGGGGGAAGGGGAAACAGGAAGUAGUAGAACCGGCCCUCGGUUUGUAAAUAUUUUGUUUAGCGAAGUGGUGAAGCUCUAUGCAUAUCCUGACACCUGAUGGAUGUAGAAACAGCUUCACUAACCUCAUUGAAUAUUUCAGGAGUGUGUUUUAUAUCUAAACCUACGAUACAUUCCACUGCACAGUCUUAACUACGACGAGCUAACCAGGCGAAACACUAACAGGGUCGUAAAACGCCAACUUGAAAUUAACAUUUUGCACUUCGUCGGAUGUUGUUUCCAUAGGCCAGACCGACUUGGUUCGGUGUUGGUAGCUAGCAGCAAUCUCUGGGGACGUAUUAACAAAUAUCAUGGAUACUUUUGUCCUCGCCUUUGGCAAGAUUUGAAUCCCUGAAGGUCGCGCUGCAUUCUGGGAAUGUGUAAUCACUGCAAGCGUUUAAGGGUGGAAGAGUAUUCGCAAAGCACAACAAGGACAGCUAUCCCAACUAAAAAUAACCAACAAAUCCUGUUACUGCAUCAGUAACAGCAUUGGAGUCUUUUUGUUUUAUCCCAAAUAAAAUCCGAAUCAUUCAUUUUAAAAUGCCCAAACUGAACCGCUUAAGCUCAACCUGUCGUAUCGUUUGAGGUCUCUGGUGGCAUAAAACAAGUUUUGCCCUUUUCUCUUUACAGCCAGGAAGCAACGAGCAGUUUUUAUUGGGGGUUUUAAUGCUUGGUUUAAAUAGGAUUACAGCAUGUCACUUUAAUGGGGUCACAUGUUCUUUUCUUUUUUUUUUUUCUAAGCCCCACCCGCUUAUGAAUACAUUGCCAGUCAAAUGAUUUGAAAUUAGCUGGGCUAAUAGGAGGCCCUGGAGACUCCUGCUUGUCGUUAUAUUUCCGCGGCGUGUCUGUGUGUUUGAAUAAACAAGUCAAAUCUGAGGACGAACUCCAUGAGUCCUCAGCAGCACACCCCCUGAGAUAAAAACCCAUUCAAAUCAGAGAUGAAAUAUUCAUGCUCACACACGCGCCUGCUCAAAAAAUAUUCCUGCUGGCCCCUGUGUGCCGCACGCACCAGAGGAAAACAAAGGCGAACUCUGCGAAGAGGGCGCGUCCCGGAAAAAACAUGGAGAUUAAAUCACAGAAUGAGUCUUAAAGUCGGUUAUUCGGUGUUAAAGCUUGUCCAGGAUGAAUGUUUAAACACCCUUAAAGCACAGUUUGGAAACAGAAAGGUUACAUAUUUUUCUACUGUUAACAGUGAAGCAGGAGGAGCUUUGAGAAAAAGCAGAAACCUGAAACUGAGGCUUCAUUUUGUGCUGAGUCAGCAGCCUUUUUGUUCUAAGCAGAUGAAGACAGGACGACUGUUCUUGAUUUGUUCCCUCCUCUUCUUCUCCUUACUUCCCCCUCUAUCUCAUGUCUUCACCCUCGUCUCCCAACCAUUUGCUUACAAGAUAUUUGCACAUGCAAGACGUUAUUAAUUAAUGCAAUAAAUGUAAACUGUACCGUAACUCUGUACGUCGUAGCCAGCAGUGGCUCUUUAACAGCCUCACUCUCAUGAUGUACCCAUAUCUGUGAAAGAAAGAUAAUAAACUGGAGUAAAAGUAAAA